AUGAACCGGCACCACCCGCAGAAUCAUUUUCUGGAAAUAAACAACAAGAACUGCUGUGUGUUCCGAGAUAACUUCAUUGCCAAUGUAUUGCCACCGGUGUUGGGGCUGGAGUUUGUGUUCGGACUUCUGGGCAAUGGCCUUGCCCUAUGGAUUUUCUGCUUCCACCUCAAGUCCUGGAAGUCCAGCCGGAUUUUCCUGUUCAACCUGGCCGUGGCUGACUUUCUCCUGAUCAUCUGCCUACCGUUCCUGACAGACAACUAUGUGAGGAAGUGGGACUGGAAGUUUGGGGAGAUCCCUUGCCGGCUGAUGCUGUUCAUGCUGGCCAUGAACCGCCAGGGCAGCAUCAUCUUCCUCACGGUGGUGGCCGUGGACAGGUAUUUCCGGGUGGUCCAUCCCCACCAUGCUCUGAACAAGAUCUCCAAUCGUACCGCAGCCAUCAUCUCUUGCUUCUUAUGGGCUGUCACCAUUGGCCUGACAGUUCACCUCCUACAGAAAAAGAUGUUGACCCAGAAUGGCUCUGCGAAUUUGUGCAGCAGUUUUAGUAUCUGCUAUACCUUCAGGUGGCAUGAUGCCAUGUUCCUCCUGGAGUUCUUCUUGCCCCUGGGCAUCAUCCUGUUCUGCUCAGCCAGAAUCAUCUGGAGCCUGCGACAGAGACAAAUGGACAGGCAUGCCAAGAUCAAGAGAGCCAUCAACUUUAUCAUGGUGGUGGCCAUUGUCUUUGUCAUCUGCUUCCUGCCCAGCGUGGCUGUGCGGAUACGCAUUUUCUGGCUCCUGCACACUUCGGGCACGCAGAAUUGUGAUCUGUAUCGCUCGGUUGAUCUGGCGUUCUUUCUCACCCUCAGCUUCACCUACAUGAAUAGCAUGCUGGACCCCUUGGUGUAUUACUUCUCCAGCCCAUCCUUUCCCAACUUCUUCUCCAUGCUGGUCAAUCGCUGCCUCCGGAGGAAGACAGCAGGUGAGCUGGAUAAUAACCAGAGCACAAGCGUCGAGCUCACAGGGAACGUGCCUACUACCAGAAAUGGUCCAGAUGCUUUAAUGGCCAACCCCGGAGAGCCAUGCAGCCCCUCUUAUCUGGCCCCAACCUCUUGUUAAAUAACCAGACCAAAAGGAGGGAUUGUCACCAAGAACUGAGAUCUCUGGAGAAACAGUUCGGCUGUUGCACAGAGUAGCAUCAUUGGACUUGGCCUGAGGUUUCCUGGAACUUCCAGAUUUGGAAACUCAGAUUCAGCAAAAUGGUGUGGCAGAGUGGGUGACUUGGUUACAAGUUGUGACCACAGAAAUCUCAGGGGGAUGGAGAGGAAAACUUCUAGGCGUCUGAAACUUCUGCUUAAUCUCUGACGCUUUCGGGACUGAAGAAGGGCAGAUUGUCGACGUCUCUGUUGAGCAAACUUGGGGCUGCAGAGCCGCCCAUCUGUACCUGUGACUCAUUGGCCUCCUUCCUUCACCUGCCUGAGACUUGGAUGGUUGUCAGCUCCGGGGGCGAUACCUAGCCUGUGUGUGGGCUCCAGCAGGGAUAAGCAGAGCAGAGAAACUGGAGGGGAGUUAUGUUGCUACCGGAGGGAACCCAGGUAUUAUUAAGCAAGUCUGUAGAUCACCUGGGUUCCGUGGGACCAACGUAUCUAUCAGCCAAUCUUUAGCAGAAAUGUACAAAGCAAGGAGACUCAUAAACUUUGGUUAGUAUCUGAGUUUCCAGUGGUGGUAAGAAGGGGAUUAGCCCCAGGAGAGACUGAGCUAAACAGUGUUACUAAGAGAAAGGAAAUGGCAUUUGUGCUCCAAUCAGCGACUACUGAGACUAAUGCCUAAUGCGAUUCUCGCUCUUGUUUACACUGAUUUGAGGGUUGAGCAGUUAAAAAGGCUUCAGGGAAGGAAGCUGCUUCCCACCUCUGUUUGCUUUUAUCAUUAAAAGGGAAAUAUCCUGU